AUGGAGGCACCGAACGGCAAGCUCCAGAGAGCAGCUUGGCUCCUGCUGCUGCUGCUGCUCUGCUCCCUGGCCGCUGCCCGGCAGAACGUGCCCGAGUGCUGCCGGCAGAAGACCUGCUCCUGCCGCGUCUACGACCUCCUGCACGGCAUGGGCAACCACGCCGCCGGCAUCCUCACGCUGGGCAAGAGGAAGAGCGUCCCGCCGGCCUUCCAGAGCCGGCUCUACCGCCUGCUGCACGGCGCCGGCAACCACGCCGCCGGCAUCCUCACCAUGGGCAAGCGCGGGGAGGGCCCCGGCGCCUGCCACGACGCCUCGGGCUGCCCCUCGGGCACGGACGUCCCGCCGACGCCGGCCCUGAGCCACUCCGACGCCAGCCCUGCCGGCCCCGGCGAGUGCCAGGGACAGUGGGGGAAGGACCUGACCAGCAGCCAGGCCCAGGGGGCUGCAAAGGGCUUUUACUGA